GGAAAGUUAGCCCGCGAACUGAACUGAUACAUUUUAACGGGGAUAAAAGUAUAAGAACUAAGAGAAGGGAGUUGUCCAUCUAGUAAGGAAUAACACACCACACCCAGUGCAACGUUUUCUAAAAGAUGACCAUUCGUCUCACAAUUAUCCUGUUAGUCUGUGUCGCUGGCUGCAUAUUGGCACAGUUUCAAGAUGGAGAUUCACCACACAAAGGAACUAAUACACCAAGAAGAUUUAAACCACAUACACCUCGAGUUACUCCCACUGCGCAGUCAGUUUUCGCCAACCAAAAAUUUAGACGUCCUAUACCUUUAAAAGCUCGUCCUGCGCAGACAUCAGAUAUUCCACAUGAAGUAUCUGUAUUCACACAUGGAGGCGGUAGCAGAAAUCUUCGACCUCAAGCCCCUCCUGCAUCAAAACAAACCCUCAAUACUGAUAGUGAAGAAGAUAGUUCGUCCUUACAUUCAAAUUCAGAAAUAAAACCUGUAAAUGAAGAAAAUGAGAAAGAUGAAGAUGUCGUUCAACUGCUGUCUAAUUCGGGUUCGAUUUCGAGCUUCCACUCCACUUCAAAUAAUCUUGUUACACCGGCGCCACAGCCAAUCCCUGUUCAGUAUCGUCCAUUGCCAACCAUCUCCGUGACAAAACCGACUUUGCUUCCGGAUCAAAAUAUCCCUCCAGUUCAAUAUCGUCCUCAUAAGGCAAAAUCUCACAAACCAAUUGAAGACAUUUCAGAAGUUAGAUCUGAUCAAACUACAGUUCAUUUUAGAUCAAAACCCACAAAGCAACAAAGAUUAGUAGAGAGCACUCCAGAGAAUCGGUCUUUAUACGAUCAAGGAUCGAUUCAAUAUAAAUCGAAAUCAGCUAAAGCUCACAAACAAAAUGAAGAAAUUCCAGAGAGUCGAUCUGACAUUGAUCAAAUUUCCCUUCAGUACAGAUUAAAAUCAUCUAAGCAACAGAAGUACAUUGAAGAUAUUGGAGAAGCUCGUUCAUAUAAUAAGCCAAGGCAGCCGCCUAAAAAGUUAACGGCAGAGACAGACUACUAUACGUCAAGACCGAAAAAGCCAGUAGCACAAGUGAUCAGACGAUAUCGCGAAGAAACUGAUGAUGGUUCUAUCGUCUGGGGAUUUGAAAAUGAUGAUGGAUCAUACAAGGAGGAAGUUAUUGGUAUUGACUGCAUUACUCGAGGAAAAUAUGGAUAUGUUGAUCCAGACGGUAUUAGGCGUGAAUACACGUAUGAGACUGGAAUUAAAUGUGACGAAGAGGAACAACAAGAAGACAUUUUAAAUACAUUUGUAGACUAUCAAGAGAACAAAUUAGUGCUACCCAGUGGGAAAACCAUUGAUCUGUCGAGUAUGGGCAAGAAACAAGCUCGUCGUCCACAAUUUGCAUACAGAAAUUAAAAUUGCAUUACUCUUGACUUAUAUAGUUAGAAGCGAUUUGUACAUUUUUAUUUUUUUAAUUUAAUUUCUCAAUGUACAUUUUAUUUUAAAAAUGUUUGUUUUAUAAUUGAUCAAUAAUUGAAUUAGUAAUUCACUCUUUGCUAAAGCAAAGACUUCUAACUCUAUUCUUUUUUUCCGUGAAUCUCGUGACAAAUGCAAUGAAAUAAAUUGAAUGUAAUAUUUCCAUUUCUUUUUUUAAUGAAAGAGCAGAUUCUCGUCGAGCAUCUCUAGUUUUAAACCAAAAUGCUUCAAUCGAUUUAUACUUAAAUGAAUUUUAUAUUUUCAAAAAAAAUUUUUAAUUAAAAAAAAGUAAUAAUUAAAAGUAUUACAGCAUGAUAAAAAUUAUUAGCGAUAGGUUCAUUUGUAUUGCAAUUACCAGUAAAAUGCGAUAGUAUGUACAUUCAUCAAUGCCAUUAUUCAUUUAUUGAGGUGUUUAUUAAUAUUAGUCUACAAUACAUUUUUUAAAUGUUAAAUUUUUAAUUUAUCUUAAUUACUGAAAAUAGGUUCAGUAAAAAUUCUGAAAUUCAUUGUGAUAAAAUUUUUUAUAAUUGAUAAAUUAUAAAUCACUGAAAAACAUCUUCGUCAUGUCCAUUAAUAAUUUUUCAAGGACAUGUUUAUUAAAACUUAUGUAUAGAUUAUAAAUAAUAAUAAAUAAAUUAUGUCUUAAUGUAAAAAACUUUUUUCAAUUUUGAUGGGUGGAAAUAAUGUAUAAAAAUUCCAAGGAUUUCUAUGAAAAUUUUAUUUACAAUCCUAGGUAAUAUUCAACAUAAAUCUCGCAGUCUGUUUGAAGUUGCAAUUUACAUUCAAUUACAUUUCUAAGGAAGGGCUUAGUUAAAAAAACACAUGUUCAUUCCCAAUGAAAUAGAAAAAAUUAUUUUACUUCACCGAUAACCAUUUAUAUUGAUAAAAAGUUCAUUCACUCAUUUUUUAAAAGUAACACGGCAUAACAACAUGGAUUUCUAAAUAAACAUUUCUAAAACAAAAAUUCUGUUUGUUCACUAGAAAUUAUCGAAGAGUAAAGA